GGAGGGCGACACGGAGAGGAGGGUGACACGCGGAGGAGGGUGACACGCGGAGGAGGGUGACUGACAGCGGUGGCUGGCUGCUUCACAGGCACGGAUGGUGAUGGCUGCUGCUGCUGCCGCCGUCGUCGUCACCGCUGGCGCCGCCGUGCGAAGUCGUUGACGACGCCGCGGAGUUUGUUUGUUGGUCUCCGUCUGGAGUUUCUGUCUCCUGCUGAACAACGCGGAGCUGUGUGGGCGGCGCGAGUGCGCGGCGGCGGUGGUGGAGGCGGUGGUGGAGUUGGUGGUGGUGGAGAAGGCGGUGGACAAGGAGUUGGAGGUGGAGGAAUUGGAGGUGGAGGAGUUGGAGGUGGACAAGGAGUUGGAGGUGGUGGAGAAGGCGGUGGACAAGGUGGUGGAGGAGUCGGAGGAUGUUCUCGCAGGGUCGACACCCCACGGUUGUAACCAUCUGCCAAAAGCCUUCACGGUCGGGGAAACGACGAUUCGGUGCCCCCGCAGAGCGCGCCCCCCUUCAAGGCGGCGAUCAACGAGGCCUGCGACCGCAUCAAAGAGGAGUUCCAGUUCCUGCAGGCGCAGUACCACAGUCUAAAGCUCGAAUGCGAGAAGCUCAGCAAUGAGAAGACGGAGAUUCAGAGGCACUACGUGAUGUACUACGAGAUGUCCUACGGCCUCAACAUCGAAAUGCACAAGCAGAUGGAGAUCGUGAAGAGGCUCAACGCGAUAUGUGCGCAGAUAAUGCCGUUCCUCGCUCCAGAACACCAGCAGCAGGUGCUGCAGGCGGUGGACAGGGCCAAGCAAGUGACCAUGGCGGAGCUGAACACCGCCAUCGGACACCAGCAGCUGCAGGCGCAGCACCUGGUCCACGCCCACGGCGCCAUCGCUCUCCCGCAGCACCACGCGUCGCCGCUGCCGCCCCCGGCGAUGCCCACGCCGCCCGCCGGCGCCAACGGUACCGGAAGUGGCGGCGGUGGUGGAGGUGGACUGAUGGUGCUGUCGGGCCCGCUAGGAGCCUCGUUGUUGCACCAGCUACCUGCCGACAAGGGCCACCAUGGCCUCCUGCAGGGACAGCUCCACCUACAGCAGCAGCACCACCACCAGCAGCAGCAACAGCAAGGAGAGCGUGGCCAGCGAGGCGACAGCGACCGGGAGAUGCGCGUGAGCAAAUCCAUCUCGCCGUCGGGCAGUCUGAGGGACGCGGAGAAGUUUCGGCUCUCGGCCGACUACGGCGGCGAGGCCAAGAAGCACCGCGUGGACAUCAAGGACCCGGCGGCCAACCAUUAUGACAGCGACGCGGCCAGGAGUGACGACAACCUCGUGGUGGACAUCUCUAACGAGGAGGCUGCCUCUCCCCGGGUGGGGAGCCCGGGACCCGGCAGCAUGGGCGUCAGCGUGGCACCUCCGCAGGAGAACGGCCUCGAUCGGCUUCCCGGGGGCCGGAAGGAGGGGGGCGGCGGUGGCAGCGGUGGCGGCGGGGGACCCCCCCAAAGCCCCGCUUCGGUGGCAUCCAGCAGCAGCACCCCCUCGUCACGCUGCAAAGAUGCUGGCCAGGUGGAGAAGGCCAUCACGCCGGUGUCGGCGCUGGGAGACUCCCUUGGGGUCGCCGGCGCCGGCGGAGGAGGAGGCGCUGUCAGCUUGAGGCCUCUCCUGGGGAAACCGCCUGGCGCCAUCCCCCUCGCUGGCUGUGGCUUCCGGGUCCCCCUGGCAGGCGGAGGAGGAGGUGCGGGGGGGGGCGGCCCCCCCUUCGUCGGGGUCGGUGGCGUCGGCGCCCCCUUCGGGAUUGCUCCCUACCCGGGCGCCAACGGGGAGCCGGGCGCGCCGGGGCCCGGCCAUUAUGGCCCGCCCGGCGUCCAUCUGCACGGCCUCGCCCCACACACGAGCGCCCUCGCCGCUGCCACGGCCGGCACCUACGGCCGCUCGCCCGUGAUGGGGUUUGAUCCGCACCCACACAUGAGGGUCCACGCGGCGGCCACCCCGGGCCUCACUGCUGGCCUUGCCACCAAGCCGGCCUACUCAUUCCACGUAAGCGCCGACGGGCAGAUGCAGCCGGUGGCGUUCUCCGGGGACGCGCUGGCGGGCCCCGGCGUGCCACGGCGCGUGCGGCUCGUGAGCGCCCUGCCGCACGGCGAGGUGGUGUGCGCCGUCACCAUCGGCAGCGCCGCACGCAGCGUCUUCACCGGCGGCAAGGGCUGCGUUAAAAUCUGGGACGUGGCCCAGCAGCAGCAGCACCACGGGGGCAAGACAGCGCCCGUGUCGCAGCUCGACUGCCUGAACCGCGACAACUACAUCCGCUCGUGCAAGCUGCUGCCGGACGAGCGCACACUGAUUGUGGGCGGCGAGGCGAGCACCAUCUCCAUCUGGGACCUGGCGGCGCCGACGCCGCGCAUCAAGGCGGAGCUCACGUCGUCGGCGCCCGCGUGCUACGCGCUCGCCAUCAGCCCCGACUCCAAGGUGUGCUUCUCCUGCUGCAGCGACGGCAACGUCGCCGUGUGGGACCUGCACAACCAGACGCUUGUCAGGCAGUUCCAGGGCCACACGGAUGGCGCCAGCUGCAUCGACAUCUCGCACGACGGCGCCAAGCUGUGGACGGGCGGCCUGGACAACACGGUGCGAUCUUGGGACCUGCGUGAGGGACGGCAGCUGCAGCAGCACGACUUCACCUCGCAGAUCUUCUCGCUGGGCUACUGCCCGACGGGCGAGUGGCUGGCCGUGGGCAUGGAGAGCAGCAGCGUGGAGGUGCUGCACAACAGCAAGCCUGACAAGUACCAGCUGCACCUGCACGAGAGCUGCGUGCUGUCUCUCAAGUUCGCCCACUGCGGGAAGUGGUUCUUGACCACUGGGAAGGACAACAUGCUGAACGCGUGGAGGACCCCGUACGGAGCCAGCAUCUUCCAGUCCAAGGAAACAUCGUCCGUGCUGAGCUGCGACAUCUCCCUGGAUGACAAGUACAUCGUGACGGGCUCUGGGGACAAGAAGGCCACCCUGUACGAGGUCAUCUACUGAGACGGAUUAGGGACAGCCUCCUGCUUGCCUGCUACAGCUGCCCUCCCGGCCCUCCCGGCCCUCCGGGUCUCCCCGCCCUUCCCAGCCAACCGGCUGUCCGGCACGCUCCUCCUCACCGUGUGGGGAGGGCGUCGGCGAACAGGACCAGAGCUGCCCCCCCCCCGACUCGUCGGCAGCCGCUGCAGCUUGCGGUAGUUCCCGCACGGUGUAAAGGCUGGAGCUGGGAGAUGUCCGCUGCCUCUGUAUCUCCCCCCAACACUCACCUGUUGUCUGCUUCUCGCCCACGGAGCGAUCGCGACCCGUGGCUGCCCGCGACGCUGGAUCAGGGGUCGGCCCGACUCGUCGUCACCGGACAUCACGCGAUGCUAAAACCGCGAUGCGCUCUGCCGACCACCCAGCACACCCCUCCGCUACACCCACCUCUCCCUUCUCACCCGGUGCCCCCGCUCUCGAGCGACGUCUCCACCUCCCACAGUCGAUUCUCACGCCCCUCUUGAUUACCGAGCCCCCAAGACGAAGAAGGCGGUUGCCUACCCAAACCCGCGGUGGCGGAGGAAGAGGAGGGACAGUGACAGGACCACGCCAGGCUCCGCCCUCGUACUCCUGUACCCUGCCGGCCAUGGCCGGCUCAACCGGAGGCACCGUCGGGACUUUUCCUGCCAUUGGCUCUGCCAAGGAACGCGUUUGCCGUGUCCACCGUCCCAACGGAAUCCGUCCGUGCAGGUCGGCGAGCCGGAGUGGCCGAUACAACUUUCUAAACGCCAUCUCCCCUGGACGCCGGCUGCCCCGGGCGAGGUCUCGGCACCGUGGCGGCCUUGUGGCAGGUUUUUUGUGGCGGGUUGGAGGUCGGUUGUCUUGGCUCGAGAGUCUUUGUGGCCCGUGUGGUGGUGGCCAUUUUUUAUCCUUUUAACUCGACUUUUAAAACAAAUGUUGUCGUUUGAUCUGCGCGUGCCGUUUUGUAUGAUUGAUAGUGUGAACCGUGAUUGCCCAAACUUUUCGUCCGUUGUUUAUUGUUUUUGGAGCCGGUUUUUAUGUAAAAACAAAAUGUACAUAAACACGCUGGAAUAAGC